AUGCGUGGCGGGCGGCGGAGCCGCGGUCCCUGCCGGGAGAGCGGCGCGGGCGCGGCCAGGACCCGCUCCGUCCUGUCCCUCGGCGUGGCGUGUUUCAAGCAGCUCCCGGAGAAGUCCGAGAACACGUAUCUCUGCCAGAUCUACAACCUGACGCUCCUCUGCACGGAGGAUUACAUCGUGGAACCUCAGUCGGUGCAGUUCCUGGUGCAGCACGGCUUUGACUUCAACAAGCAGUACUCCCAGGGGAUUCCCUACCAUAAGGGCAACGAUAAGGGCAACGAGAACCAGAGACAGAGCGUUCGGACUUUUUUUCUGGAGCUCAUACGAGCGAAGAAACCUCUCAUUCUUCAUAACGGCCUGAUCGAUCUGGUCUUCUUGUACCAGUGCUUCUAUGCUCACCUCCCAGACAACCUCGGCACCUUCACCGCUGACCUCUCGGAAAUGUUUCCAGCGGGAAUAUACGACACCAAAUAUGCUUCAGAGUUUGAGACUCGCUUUGUAGCAUCCUACCUGGAGUAUGCUUACAAGAAAUGCAAGCGAGAGAACUGCAAGCUGAAGGACUCCAGCGCCCAGCACCUCACCAUUGAGUUCUGCAACUACCCUGCCAACAUGUCCCAUUACAUUGACUACCGGCACUGCUCUCUGGAAGAAGAAAGCCACACCGUGGGAGGGGGAAAUAAGGUGCCUGCCUAUGGCUGGUGUCCAAAAGGGAUGAAGUGUCCACAGUCUCAUAACAUUGACCUUAUAAUUGAUGAGGACGACAAGCUUUGGGAGGAGAAGCGGAAGAAACGGAAGCACAAAUGGAAGCGUCGGAAGAACACAGAAGAGUCUGCAAAGGCGUUUGAAGGGGAAACCUCAGGGAAAGACAUGGAGCUAGCUCAGAAUGGGGAGGAGGGACCGCCGCGAAAACAGAGCUGCUAUGAGCCUGCAGCUGCUACAGAGCUGGCAGACAUCACACCCAACACUGAGAGCACAACACUGGAGAACUCCACGGACAUGAAACCAGAGGUCAGCUCAGACACCAGCACACAACGGGAAGAGGAUCUGGGGAGCACUGAAGGAACUGCUGCCCAGGUAGCAGCUGCUGUGAGCCCUUCUGCCAAGGGAAAUGCCUCUGACGGCGACCAAGUGGAGGGAAAGUCAGAGGUUCCCACUGGGGUGGGCUUAGUCAAUCACCCAGACAUCCCUGAGACUGAAGCAGCAUGUGCUGUGGAAAAGGAAAAGGAAACCCAUGGUCCACCUUCACAAGGGGGCACACACCGAGCUGGCUUUGAUGCAUUCAUGACUGGCUAUAUCAUGGCUUACGUCUGGAUGCUCAAGAAAGGAAAAAACACGGACGCUGGUACAGGGCCCUGGUUGCCAGACUGCCACAAUAAACUGUACCUCAGUGGGAAAUCGGUGCCACUUCAAAUAGUGAAGAGCUUGUUUUCUAAAUCUUCCAAAGCUCACAGCCAGAAGAUGAAGUUGGCCUGGGCCAGUGGAUAG